GUGUUUCCCAGCCGGGAGCCGCGCCGGCCGUGCCGCUGGGGGUGAUGCAAUGGUGGUGACAGAGGAGGAAAACCGUUUUCRGGAAUUUCUCUUCGUUGCUGCUGUUUUGAAUCUCCAAGCCAAAGAGUUGGAAAAGGAUAAAUUCAGUUGAGUAGUACAUAAACAGAUCUUUGUGCAGUCUGGCAAAAUGGCUGACAGCCCAAACUGUGAUUUGAAGUCUCUGAGUCCUCUUCAGCUUUUUGAAAGAGUAACYGAACAGGGGGAGAAAGUCAGAGCACUGAAAGCAGGAAAAGCACCAAAGGAUGAAAUCGAUGCAGCAGUGAGGAUGCUUUUAUCAUUAAAACUGUCAUAUAAAACAGCAACAGGACAAGAUUAUCAGGCAGGCUUGCCUCCAAAAGACCUUGUAUUAAUAAACAAUGGCACAACUAAAGAAGAGGAUGAGGAUUUAGUUGAUCCCUGGAAUGUGCAGACAUCAAAUGCUAAAGGCGUGGAUUAUGACAAGCUCAUAGUUCGGUUUGGCAGCAGUAAAAUUGACACAGAUCUGAUCAAUCGAAUAGAAAGAGCAACUGGGCAAAAACCUCACCACUUUCUACGUAGAGGAAUCUUUUUUUCCCACAGAGAUAUGGAUCAAGUACUCGAUGCUUAUGAAAAUAAGAAGCCGUUUUACCUUUAUACAGGCAGAGGGCCAUCCUCUCAGGCAAUGCACGUUGGUCAUCUUAUCCCAUUUAUGUUCACAAAGUGGCUGCAAGAAGUUUUUGAUGUUCCCUUGGUAAUACAGUUAACUGAUGAUGAGAAAUAUCUUUGGAAGGACAUGACAGUUGAGAAGGCAUAUGAAUAUGCUAGAGAAAAUGCMAAAGACAUCAUUGCAUGUGGUUUUGAUGUCAAUAAAACCUUUAUAUUUUCAGAUCUAGACUAUUUAGGGACAAGUGCCGGAUUCUACAAAAACAUUGUCAAAGUUCAGAAGCAUGUCACAUUUAACCAAGUGAAAGGAAUCUUUGGCUUUACAGACAGUGAUUGCAUUGGUAAGAUCAGCUUUCCUGCUAUCCAAGCUGCUCCAUCCUUCAGUUCAUCAUUUCCACAGAUUUUCAAUGGCAAGGAAAAUAUUCAAUGUCUUAUCCCAUGUGCUAUUGAUCAGGAUCCUUAUUUUAGAAUGACCCGCGAUGUAGCACCAAGGAUUGGACAGCCUAAACCAGCCUUACUCCACUCAGUCUUCUUCCCAGCCCUACAAGGAGCACAGACCAAAAUGAGUGCUAGUGACCCAAAUUCCUCCAUCUUCCUCACUGAUACACCCAAACAAAUCAAGACAAAGAUUAACAAGCAUGCCUUCUCAGGAGGCAGGGACACCAUCGAGGAGCACAGGAAGUACGGAGGCAACUGUGACGUCGAUGUGUCCAUUAUGUACCUGACCUUCUUCCUGGAAGAUGAUGACAGGCUGCAGCAGCUGAAGCAGGCUUAYACCAGUGGGGAAUUGCUCACAGGGGAGCUGAAGAAGGUGCUUAUUGAAACAAUGCAGCCCCUGGUAGCAGCUCAUCAAGAAAGAAGGAAGCAGGUCACAGAUGAAAUCGUGAAGCAAUUCAUGACUCCAAGGAAGCUGGCUUUUGAAUUUUGAAGAAAUGUGUAUGUAACUUAGCACUUGAUAAUCCACAACYGAGUAAUUGUUGUCUUCUGUUGUAUGUCAUCAUUCCCUAGUUAUGUACAGCCUGUAAUCGGUGCUUUAUAAAUAAUUAGUAAAUUAUCAUGAACAGCAGAGUACAGAAAAAGUUGAAAAUAGAACUUGUAUCUAUUUAAAAUCAGAAUAUGCAAGACAGAAUUGAUCAGUCUUGCAGAAAAGCAUGUCUGUCAGCCCAACAUUGUAUUUUAAUGUAUUUCAUGUUGAAAAUAUAAAUAAAAUUUCCAUUUGAUGAUAAAGGCUAACUUGGAAAUUGUUUUAAACAUGUUGGUAAGAGGUCAUAUCUCAACCUAAUAAAUAGUGGGUCCAUUUUCUUUUUUGUUGUGUACCUUAGUUUACUAGACUSUAUGUCCUCUUGGGCUACUGAGAACAUGCUGCACACAAAAAGGUUGUGAAUGUUACAAAGUGGGAUCAGUACAAAAAGAGUGGACACCUGUGAGCUAAACACUGGCAAAAGAAUAUCAGACUUGUCUUGCUAUCACCUUCCUCUUU